GGUGAUGGAUCUCCUGCUUCUGCGUCCGCCGGGGCACUCGGAGCGCACUGGCGGCGCGUGAGCCGGGCAUUGCCCUCAACCUCCCUCAGGGAACACCGGGCGGCCCCGUCUGGCAGCUUUGCCCGAGCCCCUUUCCUUUUCCAACCCAAAGCCCCCAGCGUUCCGGGAGGGAGAAGAAGGUGGUCCUCGGGCACAGCCCCGCCGAGAUGUCGGCGCAGAGUCUUCUCCACAGCGUCUUCUCCUGCUCCUCGCCUGCCUCGGGCGGCCCGGCCUCGGCCAAGGGCUUCUCCAAGAGGAAACUGCGCCAGACCCGCAGCCUGGACCCGGCGCUCAUCGGCGGCUGCGGGGGCGAGUCGGGCGCAGAGGGCGGCGGCGCUCGAGGGGCCACUUCGGGCCGCCUCUACUCCCCACCAACCCCAGCCGAGGGUCUUGGCCCCCGUUCAGCGUCCUCUCCCCGGGGCCCACUUCCCCGGGCCACUCGGCCCCCACCGCCCAGACCCCUUUGCUCGUCCUUCUCUACACCCAGCACCCCGCAGGAGAAGUCACCCUCUGGCAGCUUCCACUUUGACUAUGAGGUCCACUUGGGUCGCAGCGGCCUCAAAAAGAGCAUGGCCUGGGACCUGCCAUCUGUCCUGGCUGGACCGGGCAGUGGCCGCAGCGCUGCAAGCAUCCUCUGCUCCUCCGGGGGAGGUCCCAAUGGCAUCUUCGCUUCUCCCAGGAGGUGGCUCCAGCAGAGGAAGUUUCAGCCCCCACCCAACAGCCAGGGCCAACCCUACGUCGUGUGGAAGUCAGAGGGUGACUUCACCUGGAACAGCAUGUCGGGCCGCAGCGUGCGGCUGAGGUCAGUCCCCAUUCAGAGCCUCUCAGAGCUGGAGAGGGCUCGGCUGCAGGAAGUGGCUUUUUAUCAGUUGCAGCAGGACUGUGACCUGAGCUGUCAGAUCACCAUUCCCAAAGACGGACAGAAGAGAAAGAAAUCUUUGAGAAAGAAACUGGAUUCACUAGGAAAGGAAAAAAACAAAGACAGAGAAUUUAUCCCACAGGCAUUUGGAAUGCCCUUAUCCCAAGUCAUUGCGAAUGACCGGGCCUAUAAACUCAAACAGGACUUGCAGAGGGAUGAGCAAAAGGAUGCAUCCGAUUUUGUGGCUUCCCUCCUCCCAUUUGGAAGCAAAAGACAAAACAAAGAACUCUCAAGCAGUAACUCAUCUCUCAGCUCAACCUCAGAAACACCAAAUGAGUCAACAUCCCCGAACACCCCGGAACCAGCUCCUAGGGCCAGGAGGAGGGGUGCCAUGUCAGUGGAUUCCAUCACCGAUCUUGAUGACAAUCAGUCUCGACUACUAGAAGCUUUACAGCUUUCCUUGCCUGCUGAGGCUCAAAAUAAAAAAGAAAAAGCCAGAGAUAAGAAACUCAGUCUGAAUCCCAUUUACAGACAAGUCCCCAGACUGGUGGACAGCUGCUGUCAGCAUCUAGAAAAACAUGGCCUCCAGACAGUGGGGAUAUUCCGAGUUGGAAGCUCAAAAAAGAGAGUGAGACAAUUGCGUGAGGAAUUUGACCGUGGGAUUGAUGUCUCUCUGGAGGAGGAACACAGUGUUCAUGACGUGGCAGCCUUGCUGAAGGAGUUCCUGAGGGACAUGCCGGACCCCCUUCUCACCAGGGAGCUGUACACAGCUUUCAUCAACACUCUCUUGUUGGAGCCGGAGGAACAGCUGGGCACCUUGCAGCUCCUCAUCUAUCUUCUACCUCCCUGCAACUGCGACACCCUCCACCGCCUCCUGCAGUUCCUCUCUAUCGUGGCCAGGCAUGCCGAUGACAACGUCAGCAAAGAUGGGCAAGAGGUCACUGGGAAUAAAAUGACAUCUCUAAACUUGGCCACCAUAUUUGGACCCAACCUGCUGCACAAGCAGAAGUCAUCAGACAAAGAAUUCUCCGUCCAGAGUUCUGCCCGGGCUGAGGAGAGCACAGCCAUCAUCGCUGUGGUGCAGAAGAUGAUUGAAAAUUAUGAAGCCCUGUUCAUGGUUCCCCCGGAUCUCCAAAACGAAGUGCUCAUCAGCCUGUUAGAGACUGAUCCUGAUGUUGUGGACUACUUACUCAGAAGAAAGGCUUCCCAAUCAUCAAGCCCUGACAUACUGCAGUCGGAAGUUUCCUUUUCCGUGGGAGGGAGGCACUCCUCUACAGACUCCAACAAGGCCUCCAGCGGAGACAUCUCCCCUUAUGACAACAACUCCCCAGUGCUAUCCGAGCGCUCCCUGCUGGCUACGCAAGAGGACGCGGCGCCGGGGGGCUCAGAGAAGUUUUACAAAGUGCCGGGGCAGUUUAUGCUGGUGGGCCACUUGCCGUCUUCAAAGUCAAGAGAAAGUUCUCCUGGACCAAGGCUUGGGAAAGAUAUGUCUGAGGAACCUUUCAAUAUCUGGGGAACUUGGCAUUCAACAUUAAAAAGUGGAGCCAAAGACCCAGGAAUGACAGGUUCCUAUGGAGACAUUUUUGAAAGCAGCUCCCUACGACCGGGGCCCUGCUCCCUUUCUCAGGGGAACCUGUCCCCAAAUUGGCCUCGGUGGCAGGCGAGCCCCGCAGAGCUGGACAGCGGCACACAGGUCUCAGGCAGGACUCAGGCGGCGGCCCCCGCGGCCCCCGCGUCUCGCGUCUGCAGCACGCCCCCGACGCGGGUCGCCGAGCCGCACUUGACCCUGAGCAGCGCCCAAGACCUCACCGAGAGCGAGCCGGACGCUGCCUGGCUGCAAAGCCGGGCCCCUCCUCCGUGCCAGAGACCCCGAGGCAGCGGGAGGGGCGACAAGAGGCCCCCUCCUCCCUACCCGGGCCCGGGCAAGCCCACCACCGCGUCGCCCCAGCAGCCCCGAGCAGGCACGGGCUGGGCCGUGGACCCGGGGAGCCAGACGGCCGAGCGGGGACCGCGGAGAAAACUGAGCAGCGCCCACUGCCCGGCCGCCGGCGAGCAGGACGGGCGGAAGCUGGGGGAAGCCGGCUGGCUGGACUGGCAGAGAGAGCGCUGGCAGAUCUGGGAGCUGCUGUCCGCGGACAACCCCGACGCCCUGCCCGAGACGCUGGUCUGAGCCGCCCCCCGGCGCCGCCUCUUCGUCCUCUUUUCACACUUUCCAGAAGCAACACCAGAGCAACUCAGCUCACUAGCAGACGCAGAGCGCUCACACCCUCGCCACUGGGAAUCAAGUUCUAUUGCGUAGCCAGCCUUGGGAAAAACCAAAAAUACAACCAAAACGGAUAACAAUGUCCAAUCUAAAAACCACCCUCUUGGCUCUAUAUAAGAUAAAAACCUUUGCUUUGGGGUAGCUUACUUGUUGUAUUUAUGUGUCUUCAGUUUUGACUAGUGUAUAUUCUGUAACAGAUUAUGUGUGAUAAUCAUAUAUGAUGUAUUCACAGAGAGAAAACAAAAGGAACAAUUUUUUUUAAAUCACUUCACUUGUAUUAAGCAAUGAGAAAUACUAAGCAAUGAGAUUCUAUAAACUGUUCUAGAAUGCACAAGCGGGUUUCUGUGCUUUUGCCAUAGCUUUUUAACUGGGGACAGCCCAUCCUUCAAUGCUUAAGGAAAACACUAACAAAAGAAAACAAAACAGAAUAUGAGAAGCCAUAUUUUUAUGUAAGUAGUGAGAUACAAAAAUAUAUAUUCACUGAAUGCUUUUUCAUAUGGAAUAAGGGCUAAGGAAGAUAUUAGAUUUGAUACAUUAUGAGAUAUAUUUUUAGAACCUGUUUAAAAGGAUUCAGUUAAGAAAAAGGCCGUGCCUAACAAAAAGAUAGACUAAUUAAGAAGUCCGUCCCAUUUUAGGUCAAAUUCAACUUUAUAUAGACCAUAUAUAAUAUAUAUAUUUAUAAUGUAUAAUUUUUAUGUAUUUUGCAAAACUGCAAACUGGAAUCCAAACUAUAAAGUGUUUAAGAAUCUAUAGAACAUGGUUUUACCCUUUGCUCCAUAACCAGUAUUAACCAAAUUACAUGCAAUUCUUUAUAAAUUCAAUCAUAUUUGGGAUAAAAACUACAGCUUUGUGCUUACAUUGUGCCAAAGGCUGAGGAAAUGUUUUCUUCCGUAAUAUUGUGUGUAUUGUAAAAUGUUCCUACUGUACUUCAGUAAGUUUGAAGUUUUUCAACUGCAAAACCAUUUUUGACCAGCAGAUGGCGAUUUGCUUCAGUAUUUUAUGAGUUUUUUCACUUAAGAAGGGAAAGUGUAUUAUAGAAAAAUAACUUUUUUUUUUUAUAAAACAUGCUACUCUUAAUUUUCAUGUUGGUGAUGAAGUUUCCAGUGGUGUUUCUUGAAGUUCUAUCUUGUGCCAUGAUGAAUAAAAAGUUAAGCAAA